AUGUCAACAGAACAUGUAGGCCAAAUGGGCAACAAGGCGACGCUCGAUAAUCGAUUCCAGGCUCCGAGCUACAGAUCUAUCCGCUUCAGACUACGCUCCCGCCAUCUCGUCCUUGCGGGCCUCAUACUCUGUGUAUAUUUCUAUACUUCCUCCUCCUUCUACGGCGUCUCCUACUCCAAAUUCACCAGCCGGCGCCCGUAUCAAAUCCAGGCCAGAUUUCCUGUCGAGCAUUCCGUUGCCAGGAAGCUGCGACUGGAGCGCCGAAGUCAAGUCGAAGAUGCUUUCAAGCAUUCAUGGAAAGGAUACAAAGACCAUGCCUGGAUGCACGACGAGGUCAUGCCCGUCUCGGGAGGGCAAAAGGAUCCGUUCGUAGGCUGGGCCGCGACGCUGGUCGAUUCACUGGACAGUCUCUAUAUAAUGGGAUUGAAGGAUGAGUUCGCAGAGGCCCUGCAGGCGCUGGAGCAGAUCGAUUUCUCGAAGCCGAACGCAGAUAAAGUCCCCGUGUUUGAGGUUACUAUAAGGUAUCUUGGGGGCCUACUGGGUGCAUGGGAUGUCAGUGGACAUCGACAUCCUAUUCUUCUGCAGAAAGCCAGGGAGCUGGGGGAUUUUAUUGCAAAGGCAUUCGACACUACCAGCGGGCUGCCUGUCCCCUACUACUUUUGGAAGAAUGCCACAGAUGAAAAACUACUCAACAAAGAUGGCGUUGUGAUUGCACAAAUUGCAAGCUUGAGUAUGGAGUUCAUUCGGUUGAGCCAGGUCACAGAGAGUCCAAAGUAUGCCGCCUUGAUUCAGACUAUUACCGACCAACUUGCCUUCACGCAAAAGCUCACAGACUUGCCCGGCAUGUGGCCCCUCACAGCGAAUUGCUCAGCAGACUACUUGUCAUUCCAAGAUAGUAGGUUCUCGCUUGGCGUCUUAGCAGCCCGUGAAAUAGACUCGGCGUUCGAGUACCUGCCCAAAGCGCAUCUGUUGAAUCACCACAGAUCAAAUCAAUACAUUGAUAUGUAUCGCAUGGCUUUUUCUACAUUUAGUAAACACUUGUUUUUCCGACCACUACUCCCAGGGAAUCCAGACAUCCUCAUGUCGGGCAACAAAGAUAUGUCUGAAGAUCCGCCGCUUCUUGAUGGGCAAUUCCAGCAUCUUGCCUGCUUCGUCGGCGGUAUGGUAGCUCUAGGAUCUCGAAUCAGCAAUUCAAAGAAAGAGCUAGAAACUGCCUCCAAGUUGACCGACGGGUGUGUUUGGGGCUACAGCAACACGUUGUCGGGGAUAAUGCCGGACUUCUCACACGUUGAGCCGUGUGAUCCAGACGGCCUCUGUAUCUGGACAGGCGCAGGUAAUGGUUUCAAAGCCGUCGACGAUCCAUCCUACCAGCUCCGCCCAGAAGCGAUCGAGUCGGUCUUCAUCAUGUAUCGCUUAACAGCGGACCCGAUCUGGAUGGAAAAGGGCUGGAAGAUGUUUGAGGCUGUUUCCAAGCACACAAAGACGGACAUUGCUCACGCACGUUUGGUAGAUGUUAUGACCAUGGAGCCACAGCACGAGGACUCCAUGGAAAGCUAUUGGCUGGGGGAAACUUUGAAGUAUUUCUAUCUGCUGUACAGCGAGCCGGGCUUGAUCAGCCUCGACGAGUUUGUGUUGAAUACCGAGGCUCACCCUUUUCGAUGGGCUGGCUGA